AUGAAGCAUUGCAUCAAGGUAAAGGAGGGCGAUCCCGAAGCCUUGAGGUUAUCGGAUGAGAUCGCCAGGCGUGUGGCCAAGGACUUGAAAAUGUAUGGCAGGAGCACCACCUCAUUCUCGCCGCAGCUGCUUUCCUUUGCUGCUGUGGUGAGAGAGAACUCAAAGGGUGGCGCCUUCGAGAGUGUCCCAGACUGGACCUCCAUUACAGAUGAUGACCCGCGCAUCAAGAUCCACCCGCGCUUCGACAAGACUGUAGAUUAUCUCUCUCCUUCACUCGACAAUCUUUCCACUAAUCCAGCAAUGGCUGAUCCCCCUACCACCCUCACAACACCAACGACCAUCACACUGCCAUCGGCCUCAACAUCCAUGCCAUCCCUCAUGGAGUCCGAUGUCCUUGUUGAGCCAGAAGCGGAAAUGAACAGAUCAUCGGGCCUUCAGAAGGGAGAGGUCGAGGACCAUCCCAUCCCCAUUGACACUCCCACAUCUCCGCCGGCAAAAUACAAUCUCUUCGUACCAGGCACCAAGAAGAGAAAGCCUGCUGCAGAAGAUAUGGAUGAGGCCUUUGUGGUUCCCACCAACAAAUCGCCUUCCCCUUCUGAAGAGCCGGUGAAGAAAAAGAAGAAGGUUGAGUCCCAACCCAUUGCCAGGCCUGCAGUGUGGGGCUUGGAUGCUGAUAUUGCUACUCCAUGGAUUAUUAGUUAG